CCACGAAGAAGAACUACCACGCCUUUGAUGGCUUGCUCUACACUUGAUUGGCUCAAAUCUACUUCCGACAAAACAAAAAAAAGCAAGUAUCUUCCUUUCUAGACAAGCGUGUGUCACAAACAAACAAGCAAACGUCAAGGAAUAAUUAACAAAAUAUCGCUCGGAUGAGUUUUUGCAGUCAGUCGUGACCAUGAACAAGUGCGUAGUCUCCGGCUGCCCGAACCGUCGAAAAGGGCCGCUCAACCGGGUCCAGAAGCGGUUCUACCAGUUCCCGAAGGACCAGGCGCGGGUUAAAGUAUGGCUCGCCGCCUUGAGGGAGACCGAGAAGCAAGAUUCGACAGAACAACACGUGUUAUGCGAAGACCACUUUCUACCGCAGCACAUCACUGCAGGGGGGAUUAGAGAGGACGCAAUACCGAUCAUGUCUCCGUACUUGGACGGGGUGCUCGGCACGGACACCCCUUGGGCCGAGGAAUCGUCCGAGGAGGACGCGCAGUGGGCGGAGGAUGGCGUGGAGGAGGAUGCACCGCUGCCAUCAAAGGCACCACUCGAAAGUGCUUCAAACCGUUGGCGUCCUAGUGAUGAGAAACUCGCCAGGCUCGACUCGUACUCGAGAAACGUUACCAUGUGUCCAGAUGUCUCCCUGGCAUGGCUGACCAAGGCCCUUCUGCAGGAGAUGGGGAACGCCCCAGACGGCGUUCUGGACCUCAGGCAGGCGGUCCUGAACCUCAAGACUCGACGCCGGCGAGUGUAUGACAUCACCCAAGUGCUGUCCAGCAUCAGCCUGAUUAAAAAGGAGUCUGCCAACAAGGUCAAGUGGAUAGGGAAGAUCCCUGUGUCUUGUUUCCUGAAGAAGAGCCAGUUAAGCUCCCAGAAGGAGUUGUCCAACCUGAAGUCUGUGGAAGACUCUCUGGAUGAGGUCAUCAAGACCUGCGCCAAGCAGCUCUUCGACCUGACCGACAACCCAGACAACAUAAAGUCCGCCUACGUCACCUACGAAGACGUCAGCCGCAUCGAGGUGUUCCAGGACCAGACUGUCCUGGUCGUCAAGGCUCCCGAGGACACCAAGCUGCAGGUUCCCACCCCAAAGGAGGACAGCAUUCAGAUGAACCUGAAAGCAGUGAAGGGUCCAAUCUCCGUGGUAACUUCAGAGAUGGGUCUCCGCCCGGGCUCCAGCACCACCACCGGAGAAUGCUUUGUAACGGUCGAGCAGAGUCACAUCCGAACAUUACCUUUAAAUACAGAAUCAACCAAUCCACAGAGUGCUGUCAAAAGUUCAUAGCCAACCAACCACCCAACAACAGAAAGACCACUCACUUGUUCUCCUGGUUCAUACUCGGGCCUUGGUAACGGCCAGAAAAUAGAUUGACCAUAAGAUGAUUCCUCUUUUAUUUUAUGACUUCCAUUAAACCCAAUGUCAUAUCUCAUGCUUUGACUUCCUCUCCAUUUUGAGAGCAGUGAUGAAGGGGAAGUGACUUUUCCUACAGUUGCUGCUAUAGGCCUACUACUAGCCUACGUUGACCAAACAGGAUAUUGAAAUACCCAGGCCAGGAACUAUUCUAGAACAUAGAAUUUCCAAAACGUAGUUUGGAUGGUUUAUUCAAACGAGAUUGCGCGACCAAUGGAAAAUUUCCCAAUCCCAGAGUAUUUAUAUGGUUUAUAUGGUUAUAUGGUAUGUUUUGGAAAAUAACAAACAGAAAUUGAUGGCGUAAAAAACACAACAACCUAAUUUGUAUAGGCUUAAUUUCUCUACGUGUCUCAUUGCAGAGUAUCUUGUAUUAUUAUUUUUAUUCAUCACACAGCAGUGCUAUUAUUCUCUAUUGUCUUGAGUUAUGUAUUCAAAAUAUUUACACUUUCAACGUGACCAAAAAAACCGCUGCAUUGUUGGAUGCCUAACCUAUGUUUAAGUUUGCCUUGGAUGUUAUUCAGAACAUGGAAUGUCAAUCGGGUUGAAUGUGUUUUAUUGUACAGAUGUUUGCAUUAUGUCAUACACUUGCCUUUUUUAUUUUAUAACUAAUAAACCCAGUCGUUUUGACAACAUGAGA